AUGAGCGGCGCCCCGCCCCCGUCCUCCGGCUUCGCGCCGCGCAGCUACGGGCAGCAGCCGCUGUCGCACGCGCCGCGGUCGUCCAUGAUGUCGGUCGAGUACGACGGCAUCCCGCUGCCGCCGCCGAGCAUCCGCUCGUGCGGCUCGCAGCAGUACGUGACGAGCUACAUCCCCACGGGCGCCGCCUUCCCGCCCAGCAGCGUGCAGGACAUGAUCUCCAGCAUGAAGUCGUACGCGAGCGCCACGGACCUCGUGCGCACGUACAGCGAGAUCCCGUCCGUGGAGGAGGCGCUCAGCACGCUGGACCGCGCCGCCGCGGCGCUCAACGCGCGGCGCUACCGAGACGCGCUCAAGCUCUACCUUGAGGGCGGCUACGCCAUGGCCAACGUGGCCGAGCGCCAGGCCAACCCCAAGAUCUGCAACCUGCUGACCAGCAAGGGCUUCGAGACGCUCAACUGGUGCGCCAGGCUCUGCGACUGGAUCGAGGGCCGUAUCAAGGAGAAACACCCGCGGCCUGGAGUGCACAAGGUCGGCAUCCCCGUGAGCAACUGGGAUGAGGACUGGGUAGGCCCUUUCAUGGACGAAGAGGAGGCAAGGCGCAUGUGGUACACGCCCGUGUACUGCCCGCACCCCAUCGACUUCUCCAACUUGGGCUACCGACUGCGCUGCGUGGAGACUGGCCGGCGUCCGAGACUCAUGAUCUGCAUCACCAUGUACAACGAAGGCCCGCAGCAGCUCAAGGCCACGCUCAAGAAGCUGGCCAACAACUUGGCCUACCUGAAGGAGCAGAUGCCCGGCGACGAGAAGUCGCUCACUGGAGCCUUUGCAGGCGACGACGUGUGGCAGAAUGUGCUGGUGUGCAUCGUUGCCGACGGACGCGAGCAGGUGCACCCCAAGACGCUGGACUACCUGGAGGCCAUUGGACUGUACGACGAGGACUUGUUGACCAUCAACAGCGCCGGUAUUGGCGCGCAGUGCCACUUGUUCGAGCACACGCUGCAACUUUCCGUGAACGGCAAGUGCCUGCUGCCCAUUCAGACGGUGUUUGCACUGAAGGAGAACAAGGCCAGCAAGCUGGACUCGCACCACUGGUACUUCAACGCCUUUGCAGAGCAGAUUCAGCCCGAGUACACGGCUGUGAUGGACGUGGGCACGAUGCUCACUAAGUCGGCGCUGUACCAUUUGCUGUUCGCCUUUGAGCGCAACCACCAGAUCGGAGGCGCCUGUGGACAACUGACGGUGGAUAACCCGUUCGAGAACUUGAGCAACUGGGUCAUCUCGGCGCAGCACUUCGAGUACAAGAUUUCCAACAUCCUGGACAAGUCGCUGGAGAGCUGUUUUGGCUUCAUCAGUGUGCUGCCCGGCGCCUUCUCGGCGUACCGCUACGAGGCCAUCCGUGGAGCUCCGCUGGACGCGUACUUCCAGACGCUCAACAUUGAGCUGGACGUGCUUGGGCCGUUCAUUGGCAACAUGUACCUGGCUGAGGACAGGAUCCUGUCGUUCGAAGUGGUGGCGAGGAAGAACUGCAACUGGACCAUGCAUUACGUCAAGGACGCGGUGGCCCGCACGGACGUCCCCCAUGACCUCGUUGGUCUCAUUUCGCAGCGGAAGCGCUGGCUCAACGGCGCGUUCUUCGCGACGCUGUUCAGCAUCUGGAACUGGGGUCGCAUAUACUCGGAGAGCAAGCACACGUUCGUGCGCAAGAUGGCGUUCCUGGUCUUCUACGUGUAUCACCUGCUGUACACGGCGUUCGGCUUCUUCCUGCCGGCGAAUCUGUACCUCGCGCUCUUCUUCAUCGUGUUCCAAGGCUUCCAGCAGAACCGCCUCGAGUUCAUUGACACGUCCGAGUACUCGCAGACCGUGCUUGACUGUGCUGUCUACAUCUACAACUUCUCGUACCUGUUCGGGCUGCUGAUGCUGAUCAUUAUCGGUUUGGGCAACAACCCCAAGCACAUGAAGCUUACCUACUACUUUGUCGGAGCUGUGUUCGGACUCAUGAUGAUGCUGUCGUCGCUGGUUGGAGCCGGCAUCUUCUUCUCGACGCCAGCUACGGUCCACUCCAUCGUGGUCUCAAUUCUGACCGUCGGUGUGUACUUCAUCGCGUCGGCGUUGCACGGCGAGGUGCACCACAUCUUCAUGACGUUCACGCACUACACGGCGCUGAUCCCGAGCUUCGUCAACAUCUUCACCAUCUACUCGUUCUGUAACCUCCAGGACCUGUCGUGGGGCACCAAGGGGCUGCACGAUGAUCCGUUGCUGGCUGCGUCGCUGGACGAGACGGAGAAGGGCGAUUUCAAGGACGUGAUCGCCAAGCGCCGAGCGCUGGAGGAACUCCGCCGCGAAGAGAAGGAGCGCGUCGAGAACCGGAAGAAGAACUUUGAGGCCUUCCGCACCAACGUGCUGCUCACGUGGGCCUUCUCCAACCUCAUCUUUGCGCUGUUCGUCGUGUACUUCGCCAGCUCGUCGACGUACAUGCCCGUGCUGUACAUCUUCGUGGCCAGUCUCAACACGUGCCGCCUGCUCGGGUCCAUCGGCCACUGGGUCUACAUCCACACGGAGGGUCUUCGCGGCCGCGUGAUCGACAAGUCUGAAUGCGGCAACGGCACCGGACGCUACCCGCAGAACUCGUACGUGCAGCUCGAGGAGCACUACGCCGCCCUCGCUGAAGACCAGCGCACCUAUGCCUCCGGACGUACCAAUGCGUCAGUACGUACCGUCAACGACGUCUCCUCGGCGGCCUAAGCCUGUCGAGAGUCCCAACAAAACCUCAAGUGCUUCGCUGCGAUCGCAGCAGCCACCACGCAGAGAG